CAGAUGAAGACUUCACCAGACCGCCUUUCGGCUCGGCAAAAUGGAGCGGCGCUUCGCUUCGGCACUCGCGGGGCCGGCGGGCGGCUCGGGGGAGCCGGCGGCUCGGGGGAUUCGGGCAGCCUGAGAUUUUAAGGCGCGAGCCGGAGCCCGAGGCCGCUUCCAGCCGCUCGCCUCCCCGCAGUGCCGGGUUGGCGCCUUGAACCGCAUCGGCCGGGCAGGCGGACGGCAGCCGGCGCGGAGGGCCCGGAUUGCGCCCCGGCUGGGAAAUGGGGAGGCGGCGAAAGGCGCCGCGGGGCGUUGCUGGCUCUCCGAGGCGGCUCCGGGCCGGCGGAUUCGGCGUUUCGAGCGAGGCUGGCCGGCGGCGGCGGGGAGAGAUCGCUUUUCCCUGCCAGGACCUGAUGCGAUCCAUUCAAGCCAACAAGUUUGGAGAAUGUUGAGUUCAAUCAAUUCAGAGCGUCGAGAUGGAGCCCAAUUCAGUCCAGUGGGUCGGCUCGCCGUGCGGACUGCACGGACCGUACAUUUUCUACAAGGCGUUUCAGCUGCACCUGGACGGCCGGGCGCGGAUCCUCUCCCUGGGCGAUUUCUUCUUUGUGCGGUGCCGGCCCGAAGAGCCCGUUUGCAUAGCGGAGCUGCAGCUGCUCUGGGAGGAACGGAGCUCCCGGCAACUUUUAUCCAGCUCCAAACUUUAUUUCCUCCCGGAGGACACGCCGCAGGGCCGGAGGAGCCAGCACGGCGAGGAUGAAGUCAUUGCUGCUUCAGAAAAAGUAACUGUGAAGCUUGAAGAUUUGGCCCAAUGGGCCCGGACAGAUAUCUCCAAGUGGAAACGUGGCGUCCAGGAGGAAACCUUCACUCCUCCAGAACUGGGGAAAGAUGGGCAGAGGGAAAACCUAAGCAGGUUCCGGCAAUCCACGCACAACAGUGGCCUCAAUUUCAAGGAUAUUUUGAAGGAAAAGGCCGACUUGGGUGAGGAGGAAGAAGAUGUCAAUGUGCUGAUCCUCAGCUACCCCCAGUACUGCCGCUAUCGCUCUAUGCGGAAACGUAUCCAGGGCAAGCCAUCUUCGGUGCAAGCAGACCAGUUCGUCUUAGCCCUGGGAGGUGUUGCAGCCAUCAGUCAAAGGUCUCAAAUCCUCUACUGUCGAGACACGUUUGAACACCCCACGCUCGUCGAAAAUGAGAGUGUAUGCGAUGAAUUUGCUCCCAACCUCAAAGGAAGACCACGGAAGAAAAAGUCCUGCAACUCACAGAGAAGAGAUUCGUUCAGUGGCAGUAAAGAUUCUCAGAAUAGUUGUGAAGGCAAAACUGUGGCCAAGGUAAAAUGUGAGUCUAGAUCUCCUUUGUCCAAAACCAAAAAUAAUAACAGCAACUGUAAAAAGGGCUCAAAUGAGGAUAAAUCCAAGAUUUCUGUGGGUGAGGAAUGCAGAGCAGAUGAGCAGGCCUUCCUUGUGGCACUUUACAAAUACAUGAAAGAAAGGAAAACGCCCAUUGAACGAAUACCCUACCUUGGUUUCAAGCAGAUUAACCUUUGGACUAUGUUUCAAGCUGCUCAAAAACUGGGAGGAUAUGAAACAAUCACAGCCCGUCGACAAUGGAAACAUAUUUAUGACGAAUUGGGUGGAAAUCCCGGGAGCACCAGUGCAGCCACUUGCACACGCCGACAUUAUGAAAGAUUAAUCCUGCCCUAUGAAAGAUACAUUAAAGGGGAGGAAGAUAAGCCGUUGCCUCAGGUGAAGCCUCGAAAGCCAGACAUCUCUCAGGAGGUGGAGAGUAAGAUAAAAUUGACGGGCACAAAGCGCAUCAGACAUGAAAACAUGAAGAACAAGAAGGAGCAAGAAGAGGCACCAAAGCCCCAGCACCCAGCAGAGGGUUCAUCGGCCAAAGAGCAGAACGAGGAAGGCUCAUUGCAGAAAAGCUUAUCGGACCUGACUGCAGCAGAAGCCAUGAAGCUCUCGGCCGAAGGGUCUCAGCUCUCCCCUCCGACGGCCCCAAGAGGGGCCUUCCUGGAAGAGGAGGAGGAGCCUCUGGCCGACGUGUCUCUGGUCUCCCCUGAAGCCAUGAUCAGAAGCCCACCACUGGAGGAGCUGCAGGAGGAGUCCAAGCAGGAACUCUGCGGGGUGUCAUGUUUUGCAGAUGGCCUCGAGGAGGCGGCCCAGUCAAUUCCAUUCAGCAACUUCCCCAGCCUCCAGCUGCCCCUCCCAAGUCAGAACGAGAUGGAAGACGAUAAAAUCCCAGAGAUGGCGGAUUACAUUGCCAACUGCACGGUGAAAGUGGAUCAGUUGGGCAGCGAGGACAUCCACAGCGCCCUGAAGCAGAGCCCCAAAGUGCUGGUGGUGCAGAACUUCGACAUGUUCAAGGAGAAGGACCUCCCGAGUCCCUUCAAUGGGGAUCCCGGGUUUGGUUCCACCCCAUUACUCUACUCCAAGGGCAACCCAGGUAUCAUGUCCCCUCUGGCAAAAAAGAAGCUCCUCUCCCAGGUGAGUGGGGCAGCCCUGUCCUGCGGCAACUACCCCUAUGGCUCCCCACCACCAUUGAUCAGCAAGAAGAAGUUCAGCAGCAAGGACGACCACUUGUCUGGCAGGCCGGGACUGCUGUCUCCCAGGCAUUCGAUGGACAGUGCAGCGGUCAGCAGGCCAUCCGUCAUCCAACACGUGCAGAGUUUUAAACCCAAGACUGCGGAGGACAGGAGGCCCACUCACGAUGCCUACAGGCAUGAGUCCCUGCUCAAGAAAACAGACUCUGAAUGUUGCGAUUUUUCCAAGCAGCAUUUGAGUGCCCUGGCAGAAUCCUACGCGCUAAAGUCAGAAAUCCAGGACAUGAAGGAGCGAAUGAAUGAGAGGAGGGCCCUGCACCACUCGCACAUGCCAGGCUUCCUGGCAGACUUCUAUGCCUCCCCUCCCCUCCACGGCCUCUAUAGGCGAUCUGAGCACCUGGGGAGCCAGCCGUGCUCCAAGUACUUCCCCCGAGACAUGUAUGGGGAAAAUGCUGCUGGGUUUCCUCCCCAUAAGCUUCAGGACAGGCGACUGCUCAGCUACCACCCCCCUUUGCACCAGCCAGAGAACAAGACCUCCCGGGAAACCUCCUCAGAUGAUCAGCCCACAGAUCUGAGUCUUCCCAAAGGGGGCCACAAACAGACAACAAAAAUCUUGGGAGCCCCUCUCUUGCGGGGUUCAUCCAAGGGGGCGGAGGAGGGCAAAAGCACCACCCGGUUCCACUCCUUGGCUGGCCAGCCUCUAAGUGUGGAUGGCAAUCCAAAGGCUUGUCGGGUCUCCCCAAUGACGGUCUCCGCCCCAAAGAAACAGGGGGAGCCCCUCCUGAGGGCCUGCAAGCUGCCAGCCCCGAGAAAGCUGGACGGGAUGGUACACCCAGUCCUGAGCCACAAAACCAUGGCUCCGGGCAUCGGGGCAGCUCGCCCUCUGAAGCGCAGCCUGGAAGACCUGGACAAAGGCCUUUUGGAGAAGAAGGUCCGAGCGGUCUCGCCCUUGCGCUUACCAAAGGAAGCCCCUUCCAAAGAGCUGGACGUGGAGGGCAGCAAGCCAGUGCAUGGCCCACCCCCAGGCGGGGCGCUGGAGGGCCACAAAUUCCCCCUCUCCAGCCCCAUCUUCACAAGCUUGUACCCAGGGACCCUGUGCAGCGGCCUGGGCAGCCGCAUGCCCGCAACCGGCUAUUCCCACCCCCUGCAGUACUUGAAAAACCAGGCCGCCCUCUCCCCCCUGGUGCAGCCAUUCGCGCUCCACUCCUUCAUGGUGCACAGACAGUUCCUCACCUCCCCAGGCAGCUCUCAGCAGCUUUACCGGCACUUGGCGGCAGCGUCCCCUGUGGGCAGCUCCUACGGGGACCUUUUGCACAACAGCGUUUAUCCUUUGGCGGCUCUGAACCCCCAGCCUGCUUUCCCCCCCUCCCAGCUCUCCUCUGUACACCCGAGCACAAAGUUGUAAAUGCUCCUGGAAAACGGCAUCCCGCAAAUGACAUUCCUUCAGCCCGCAAUCCUGUCUUGCAAACAAGUAUAUCAAUAUUUGUGAUAACCAAUAAGCGGUUUUGCUCCUCCCUGCUGAGCGCUUUGGGUCUGACUGAGACGCGGCUCCCGCUUAGCUGAGCUUGAGUCCAGACUGCUGGGCGUCCUCCGAGCCUUCACGCUGGUUUGCCUCCUGCUGCACAGAGGGCUGCAGGAAGUUAGGGUUUCCUGGCAGCCGAGGCUCAGGGGUGCCUGGGCCCCAAUGCAGAGGAAGGGCCCUCUCGGUUUGCCCCACCCCCCACCCCCAGGCAGCAGCCUUGAAGCCUUUCAGAUAAAUCCGGAAGGCAGGAAACGCCACCUGGGAGGUUGCUUCUUUGGGUACCAUUUCAGAGUUCAAAUCAAUGCAAUGUAUAGAAAAACUGUGUCAACUUUCAUCUUAACACUAUCAGAACAGAAAAAGUAAACACAAAAUAGACUGUACAUAUCUGCUUCAGAAACAAGAAUGACCCGUGUCAAGUUCAUUUGUAUAAUUUAUGUAAGUUCUUAUUUUCCGCGUAUCAUGUGCUGUUUUUUUUUAAAGAAACAAAAAUUAAACAGCUCCUUUUUAUUUGCCACUUUUUUUCCUUUUCCUUUUGUUUUUUUUUAGUGCAAAAAAGGAGGCUCUGGAUAUUAAGGGCUUUUUAAACUUUGCAUUUCUCUCUCUCUCUCUCUCUCUCUCUCUCUCUCUCUCUGCCUUUCCUCCUCUGCUUAUAUUUUGAAGGCAGCUUUUGGGGAGGGGGUUACACCCACUUUCAUGGGACAGAAGCCAACUGUGAUCAAAAAGUCCCAAUCCCCCCCACCCCCCCAGCCUGAGGUUGCUGGGUCCUGCCUCAACCCUUUGGAGCAACUUCCUGCUCGCAGCCGAGUGCAGCUUUCCUGUUUCAAGGCCGGCCUGUUGGUUACCAACUGCAGUGCUCAAUCUCCUACAGACUGCCCGACUGUCCUGCAUUCCCAAAGGCAGCCUCCCAUGCACCAUCCGUAGAUGACAAGUUUCCGCAGGGGUUGCAAAGCUCUGUUGAGAACUUCAGUCACAGCCAUUAGAGCAGUGGUUCUCAACCUUUACAGUGCUGCGACCCCUUUAAUGCAAUUCCCCACGAUGUGGCGACCCCAACCGUAAAAUUAUUUUCAUUUUGAAUUUAUCGCGCCCUGAAGCCGUAUUGGCUAGCGAUCUGAACUGCUUGCGACUGCCUUGAGGACGGAGGCAUUAAAGCGGAGACUCCUCCCCUAUUAAGUUUAUCGCACCUGAAGCCAGAUUAGGCUAGCGAUUGGGAGUGAUUGCAGCUGGCUUGAGAGGGAGACAUCAGAGCAAAGAUUUCUCUCUUUUUUAACUCAUCGCGCCUGAAGCCGAAUUCGGCUAGCGAUUUGAAGAGCCUGCAGCUGGCUUGUGGAGUCAACCAUUGGAGCGUGAAUCUUCGACUCGCAAGUAUACUUCCCAUAUUUCCGAUGGUCUUAGGCGACCCCUGGCAAAUCGUCAUUCGACCCCCAACAGGGUCCCGACCCACAGGUUGAGAACCGCUGCAUUAGAAGAAAGGGAGAACAUUUUAGGCAAUGAUGUUUGGGAUCCUGCCACCCAAGGGAAUCCCUUGAAAAGAGAGCCUGGUCGAUCUGGCUUCUUCAAAGCAGAUUCAAGGAAGGGUUGUCCAAGAGCUAGUCUAGCCAUUCAUUGCUUGAAUUCUUGGUUGGUUGAUCUCGGCCAGAUUCCCCCAAAGUACUUUAAACCUUGGCUCUCUAGCAGUCAUAAAGGCAGGGCAAUGUAAAAAACUUCGAAGACCCCCGUUAUUCCACUGAGCCAGGCCAGGGAGCAUCUUGGACUACCUCUUCCUGAUUAGGAUGCCUUCCAGAGUCUGCGCAAGUUGAGUGAGGCUUUGGCAGAGCCCCUCAUUUUAUGACCCACCUGUGCUUCGCCUCAGGUGCGCCUCCAUCCUAUCUGUCCCUACUCCUCCUGCAGAGCUCCCAGCACACCUCUGAACCCUUGGAAGGCAGCCACAUCCGAUGGGGAGGGGGGAGCAUGGAUGGCUCCAUCUGUGUCUAGCCUGUCUCACUGUGUGCCGCUUCCCCUAUGCUGUUCCUGAGUCUCCUCCAUCCCAUUUCAGCAUUCAACUGUGAUAAAACAGAACAAAAAGAAUAAACCGCACCCACACAAAAAUGUAUUUAAACAUCUGUUUCAAUAUAUUUCUAACAUACUUUCUCUCAAAGUUCAUAAAUCUCAACAAUUUUCCUCUUUAAAACAUGGGUUGUUGUUUUUUUUUAAUCAUGAACUGCAUAAAAGAAUAGCCAAGUGUGAAAACCAAAAAAUAACUCCACUCUCAUCCACUCCUAGACCAGGAAACAAAGUUCCGUAUUAAAAUUUGCCAGGAGCCAGUUCUUCCUCCUUGGCUGAAAGAGCAAGAGCUCUUGAUGGGGGUUCAGGUCAGGGUCAAAGAGGGGGGAUUUUGUGGCAGCCCUCCUGACUCGGGCAGCAGAAGAGCCUCCUCCGGACCCCAUCCAGCCUCACUCCAGCUGUUGCGGGAGGUUUCCGUCCGAGAUUGGGAUCCCAAGGGCUGGGGCAGAACUCGCCUUGCAGGCUAAGGAAUGUUCCCAACUCACCCUCUUGGGAACUUCAGUGUGGCCGAAAGAGACUCAUAUCUCACUUGCCUAGAGCCGGACAAGAAGUUCCAGGCCGGCAUCGCUUCUUCCGAAGAGCAGCUGAGCCCAGUUACGCAGCAGCAGCUCUGAGCCUCCAGGCAGGAGGGCAAAUUUGACCCCUCCAAGGGGCUGCCGAUGCUCUUUCCCCAUCCCAAAAUCUGUGGCUUCUUGGCCUUUGCCCUGGACGUCUGUGCAGAAAGGCCGUGGUUGAAGGAAACCCCCAGCAAUGCCAGGAUCCGAAUCUGCCCCAGUGUUCCAGUGCAGUAAAUCAUCCAACCAACGGGAUCUAGUGGAAAUUACUUAAAAUGCAACUCGCCUGCAUGCCCUACAUCCUAUAUUAAAACUGACUGUGAUUCAAAGCCUAACGCGAUAUAUAAUGUAAGCUACUUAAUAUAUAUAUAUUGGUGGGGGAAACACAGUUAUAGACAGCUAUUGUUAUCUUCAGUUAAAUGCUUUUAUGUUCUUGCGCAUAAUUAUACUAACUGACGGUGCAUAAGCAGGCUUGUAGAACCUAGCACAUACCUCGGCUGGGAUGGGUUUGAGCGGAGGAGGUUGGUUUUCCUAUUGGCUGAGUAGUGAAUGCAAAGACCACCUUCAGCCCAGUCAAAAGGCUUGCUCGUUUGCACUAACCCCGAGUAAUCCCCACUCAAGGUGGGGAGGCAGGUGGCUGGCCAGGCUGGGGAGUCGGAGGAGCUGCGGCUGGUUUUGGAAUCGGGAUAAUUUUCAGAGUGGCUGCUUGGAGGCGCCUCUUUGUCCCUCAGGCGGCCCUGUUUUGCUGGCAAGGGGAGACUAUCAGCCACGACCAUCUCUCCUUGCAGUCCCAUAGCCUGCCUAAUGCUUUGAGGGCAGAGAUAGCUGCUCUUCUCUGCCAGGGCCAGGUGGGACCAUUCACAAUAGAGGUCUCCAACCUUGGUCCCUUUAAGACUUGUGGACUUCAACUCCCAGAGUCCCUCAGCCAGCAAAGCUGGCUGAGGAACUCUGGGAGUUGAAGUCCACAAGUCUUAAAGGGACCAAGGUUGGAGACCCCUGAUUCAGACUGUUUUCAGGCACCUUGGUGGAGAGUUAUUUCCCUCUUUGGUUCAGAAGAAAAAUGCAUUUAUUGUCAGAAAACUCACGCUAUCUUGGCCGUUUCGAGGGCAAAUGGGAAGUAGCGAUGGCAUGACAGGCUCCCUUGUGGGGAGCAGGAAGCCCUCCUCCUCUUCUUUGUUUUAAGGUUCAAUUUCUAUUAAGUCUUAAAUUUUCUACUGGCAGAUAACCACUUUUUGUGUCUUAAAUGGGGCUUUGUUGGAGUUCAAGAGGCCUUGUGACUGAAUAAAAUUGCGCAAGUUUUUCUUUGUGCAAUCAAGCCAUUGUUACUAGUAGACAGGCAAGAGAAUGAGCAAAAUCUAAUUGGCAGCAGAAAGGAAGAAAUCUCUCGAGUGGACUUUGCUUCCCAGAAGUGUUGCAAUUCCAGUCCACUCUGCUCGGGAUUUAAAGAUUUUUGAAAGCUGGUAAGAUCAAAGACAAAGAAAAAUGCUUUUCAUAUAACAUCCUGUUAAAACCUAAAGGCACUAUACUAGGCAAGGCAUUUUGCAGUUGGAUGCUUAUGGUAAUAAUUAGAACAGAGAGCAGUUGGCCAUUUUAAUAAAGCUCCCAAAUAAAACCCAUACGUCUCUUGGCUUGUUGAAGCACUGCAUGAAUGAAAGACGCCGGGCAGGCCAAGCACCCCUUGUCAGAGGAACAUUCCUGCUCUUGGAGUCACCUCCGUCCCACCCAAAAGUCACCUUGGCAUCUAGCUGGGCAACAGGAUUCCAGAGCAGCUCUAGAGAUUUUGGUAUGAAUGCCCCUGGGUGAGGGCACCCCCUGACCUUCAGGGGAAGAUCUGGCUGUGGGUCGCAAUCCCUUCCCUGGCAGGGGGUGGUUACUGGGGUCUGCCAUGCCUGGCCUUGCUUGUUUCCCUUUGUCUCCAAGGCUGGAUGGGUGAGCUUUGCCUCAAUGUGUGGGGACAUCCUUUAACUUCAAAAGGAUGUGGAAGAAAUGGCUGCUCCUCCGGGACCUUCCCACCUUUUCAAAAGAGAACCUGUUUUUUUCAUGUUUCCACAUGAACUUGGAAAAUACGGCUGCUUUCUUGUGUUGACCCAUUGAAGCAGCUGCAUCUUUAAUGUGCACCUUCAGUCAGAGGUGGGUUUCAACAGGUUCUGACUAGUUCUGGGGAACCGGUAGCGGAAAUUUUGUGUAGUUUACAGAACCAGUAAAUACCACCUCUGAAUGGCCCCGCCCCCAUUUAUUCUCUGCCUUCCGAGUCCCAGCUGAUCGGGAGGAAAUGGGGAUUUUGCACUAACCUUCCCCUGCCAUGCCCACCAAGCCAUGCCACGCCCACCAAGCCACGCCCACAGAACUGGUAGUAAAAAAAAAUUGAAUCCCACCACUGCCUUCAAUGUUCUGAGACAUUUCUCCCAAGUAAUUUUAAGAGCAUGCACAAUCUAUUUUUCUUCAAUCUUAAGUAGAUCUGGCCAGAACACAUUACAAUAGGGAUGGUCAAAUUUGCCCCUGUUCAUGAUUUGUAUCAUUUAGAAUGGGGAAAAAUAUGUCUAAAACAUGAGGCCUGUAGAACUAAAGCUUAUCUUGAGCAGUUAGCUGAUGUUUGCUGUAAAUAUAUUUGAUAUUUUACAUGUAUUUCCUCCUCCCCAAUAUUAUAAAUAUGACCUAAAGGCAGCAUAAUCUACAGGUUGUUCAUACCUUGUUUUAAGCAUUCUUUUGUUUGUACAUAGUGUACACAUUUUUGUCAUUUAUGUUACUGUAGGUUAUAUGCCUGAUAAGGUGAUUAUCUGUAAAUAGAAAAAAAUGGCCCAAUAAUAAAUAUCACAGAGUUCCUCAUUUUUCAAAAAAAUAAAAGGGUUAUUGAGUAACCUUUCGCAUUGAUUAAAUUUAACACUACCAGAAAGAAAUAAAAGCUGAGCCAAGUAUAAACACUCCAAUUUUUGUAUGUUUGCCAAAUUGUAUGUAUUAAUGCUUUUGAUACUGUAUUAUGUGCCAAUAGUUUCCCAAACACAUAGCAGGCAGAAGAUAUUUUGUACUUUUUGAUCCACUGUAAUAUUUAAUAAAAAAUGUUACUAUCUG